GAUCACGUGGACAUGACGUCAUAAAAAGGCCUUUAUCGAGGCGCUUACCAUAAAUGCGACUGAUCACGUGGUCGUGACGUCAUUUAAGGUCCUUAGCACCCCAAGUAGUCUCACUUCGCGUGCCUAUGACAAGGUAUAAAGAGCUGUGAGGAACUAAAUCGUUGGCAUUUGCUUCGUGUUUUCUCGGCAUGGCGUUACAAGAAAGUGAUGAUGAUACAUGGUCUCCACCCUCUGAUGCCGAUCUGAAGCUUUUGAGAGCACGGCGUGAGCGCCAAGAUAAGAUUAGCAGGAGAAUGGGAGAUUACUUAUUGAACGGAUACAGAAUGCUUGCGGAAAGCUGUGAUACGUGUGGGACUAUAUUAUUACAGAACCGACAGAAAAAAACACUUUGCAUCGCGUGUGAAGAACUUGACUCAGAUACUGAAAAGGAUAACCCAGUCCUCAACCCUCAAGCUGCCCUGUCCCAGGUGCGUGAGCAUCAGCUUUCUCUACAGGAGAACCAUGUUCAUGAUGUCCCAGCAGCUGUUACUCCUGUGAUAAAGCCUGAGUCCGGCCCUGUAGAUGAUGCUGCUGCUGCUGCUAAUGUUCCUGAUCCUAUAGCUUCUGCCGAGGGUGCUCUUCUAGAGAAGAUGAGCUGGGCCACUCACCAGCUGAAAGAAACCAGUUCUGUGGAGUACAGCUCCCAACUGUGCACACUCAUUGGCACUUGUGCCCAGAGUCUGAAGUCACUUCGAGAUCUGCCACAUUGAUCUCCUUUUCAUUGAAAAACUAAACAGAUUUCUUAUUCACAAUUCCUCACCCAUGUUAUUUCCAUUUUUAUCUGAAACACACAUAUUGGCUAUUGUAAGGUGUGCAAUAAAUAUUAAUAGGUUAUAUUACAUAUUCUUUUAUUACCUUCUUUGUUUUCAGGGUGGCUCUUGUUAGCCAAUUGUUGUAUUGAAUGUUGUAGCUGCUUUGCAAAAAAAAGGUACUGUAUAUUUAUUCACAUUAGAUAUCACUGGAUGAAUACAAAUAAAAGGACGCACUCUUCACCAUU